AUGACACUGGAUAACAACUCCGAGAAGGCUGAAUGGGAUGCAGAAACUACAGAACUAUUUUUAAAUAUAUGUGUGGAAGAAAUUUUAGCAGGAACUCGUCCUGGAACUCACUUCAGUAGAUUAGGAUGGUCUAAUCUGGUGCAAAAGUUUAAUGACAAAACUGGAAGAAACUAUGAUAAAGUUAAGUUGAAGAACAAAUGGGACAGCCUCAAAGGUACAUGGAAAGAAUGGGAUACUUUAGUUGGAAAAUGUAACGACCCGACCGGUCAUUUUGAGCACCAGCGCAUCGUUCAGCAGGUUGAGGCCCUGAGCAGCUUCAUUUCAGAUGGUAUACAAGGAAGCAGAUGGUUUCAACCAGAUGAGUUCGGAACUCCUGUAGACAAUGAAGAGUUUGUGAAUAUUGAUGGCAUAGAAAAGAAUACAGAAAAGGGAUUCGAACAAACUGAUCCAGAAGAAUCGAAUGUGAUUGAAAAAGUGCGUGGUAGUGAGAGUGGUGAGAGAAGAAAAAGAAAAGCAUCAACUGCUAUAAAUGAAAAGGAGAAAAAUAAAUUCAAUACCAGUCUAAGAAUUACAUCAUCAAUAGAGAAAAUUGCUGAAGCCAUACAAUCACUCUCUUCAAUGAAUAUGGGGUCAAAAGACUCUUCACUUAGUAUUAAGUAUGUAAUGGAUGUUGUUCGUAAUUUAUCCGGUAUGAUUGUUGGUAGCGAUUUAUGGUGGAAAGCAAGUGUGCUAGUAGUCAAGCAACCAAUGAGAGAAAUGUUUUUAGCAAAAGAAGAUCCAGAGUUACAAUUGCAGUGGUUGAAAAAGAUGUCUGAGCUUCAAAAAGAAUAA